UCGUCUUUUUUCACAUAUUUUUGUAUAUUAGUGAAUCCUUUUUUGAAAAAUAUUUAAUUAUGAAAUUUUCGUGAUAUAUUUUUCGUAAAAUAUUAGGGAAUUUUAGUGCAUCUGUAGUGCAAGUGUAAUCGCGCGCGGAUAUAACAGCGACUAUGAUCGUUAAUAAAAGUGCAUAUGUUAUCAUACGGUACAUUCAAAUUAAACCAAAGUAACCUCAGUGCACUUCGAAAUGCAUGAGCGAUUAUUAUUCACUGAGGCCUACGGGAGUGAGAAAGAUAGAUUUUUCGUCAAAUCAAAAGACGAGCAAUCGAUAACUGAACUGUUAUCAGACACAACUAGAACGAAGUCUUUUUAUUCCGGUUUAAUAUCGAUUAUAAAAGAAGUAUUUUUACCUCAAGGAUUUCCUGAUAGCGUUCAUCCCGAUUAUACUUCUUAUCAAAUAUGGGAUACAGUUCAGGCAUUUGCAAGUACCAUAAUGGGAACUCUCACAACACAUUCUAUUAUGCAAGGAGUAGGUGUAGGUGAAGCUGCAGCAACUCCAUUAGCAGCAGCAAUAACAUGGAUAUUAAAAGAUGGGACUGGAAUGGUUGGUCGAAUUAUAUUUGCAUGGUGGAAUGGGACAGAUUUAGAUGGACAAUGUAAAAAAUGGAGACUUUUUGCUGAUAUUCUUAAUGAUUUAGCAAUGGGAUUAGAAUUACUUUUACCUUAUUUUUCUUCUUAUUCUCUUGGAAUAUUAUGUAUUUCUACAGCAAUGAAAUCAAUUGUUGGUGUUGCUGGCGGAGCAACAAGAGCAGCACUUACGCAACAUCAGGCAUUACAAAAUAAUUUGGCAGAUGUAUCAGCUAAAGAUGGAAGUCAAGAAACAUGUGUAAAUUUAAUAGCAUCUUUUGUUGGUAUUUUAAUACUUUCAAUUUUUCACAAUGGCCAAUAUAUAAUGGAACUUUAUCUCUUCCUCGUGAUAAUACAUCUUUAUGCAAAUUAUUCGGCGGUAAAAGCAUUAUGCUUAAAUUCUUUAAAUGAAGAUCGUUUAGCUUUGAUAGUAAAAAGUUAUAUUUCGAAUGAAGUCAUUCCAAAACCAGAAGAAGUUAACAAAAAGGAAUCAGUAUUAUUAUUAACAAAAUCUACAAUGAACAUAUGUGGAUUUAAUAUAAAAAUAGGUGUCUCUCUUGCAGCUCUUAUAAAAAAAGAUUUAAUUUUAACAAGUGACACUGAGCUUUCAUUGAAACUCUUUUUAGAUAGAAAAUAUUUGAUUUCGAUUGAUGUACAAAAUAAAACUAUUUUUAUAUGCCUUAAAAAAGACGCGCAACCAUACGAUGUUUUGGAAGCAUAUUUUCAUGCUUGUCUUUGCGGCUUGUUUAUUUGUAUGUCUUUGAAAGUGCCACUUGAUAUUUUCUUAAAACCCGAAGUAAGUGAUUUGUCGUAUCCCUUGAUGCGACUUUAUGUACUUAAUAAAAAAUAUUCAACUACAAACAAUGGCAUACAAUCAUCAAAAGCCAUAGAGAGUAUUUAUGCUACAAAUUUAUUGAUUUCUAAUGAAUUUAAAGCAUUUAUUAGUGAUCUUGAAAAUAAAGGAUGGAAAACGGAAACUAAUUUAUUACCAGUAGCAGGGUGGAGAUUUUUAUAAAAAAUUAUAAACUGGUAAAAAAAACAGCAUGAACAUUGGAAAUUAAAAUAUUGUUGUUCCUUAUUAUUUAUCUUGAUAAAAUUUUAUAAUUGUUAAUUAUUUAAGCAAUUUUAUUUGCAUAUCUUGUAACUAUUUGUUGGAAAUGAGAUAAAAUUAUUUAUAAAUAUUUUCUUACAAAUUUUUAUCACAGGUGAUUAUAUUAUUAGUAAAAAUCUAUAUGGAAACCAGUUUAUUUCCAAUAAUUUAUAAAAAUAUAAUACGCCUUUAACCUGUACAAAUAUUUCAAUGAAGUUAAACUAUGACUCUUGCUCUUGUUUAGGGCCAGUCUGUGA